CGUUCGCCGAUACGGUUCCGCCCGCGUCAGUGCGGUCAGUGCACAGCGAAAGCCAUUUUUUCCAGACGGCCCCGUUCUGGCCCCCCCUUCGGACACGGUCCACUGUUGGCUAACGGUGUGGUACGCGUUCCUCGCCAUAAAGUGCGCCCGCUGUGGCGUCUCAUCCUCUAUCCUUUGCUCGUUCUAAUGUAUCAUCGCUCUUGCUAGGGCAGCUAGUAAGCCGAUUUUCUCCGAACACGGUAACGAGCUGUGCAGUGCCGCUGAUGGUGAUGGAUUUCCAGUUCGAUGUUGCGACGGGCUUCGGAAGUAGCGGGCCAAAGCGCUAGCUGAUUUGUGUUUCUGUGUGUGUGUGUGUGUUUGUGGGUGUGCAGUGAGUGGGAAUGUUGAUUUGCUAGGCCAAAAUAGAAGUGUUACACAGUGAUUGAAGUGUUUGCUGAUUGUUCUCCCCCCAGCGCGUGUGACGACGAUAGGCUAAAAGUGUACCGGGCACAAAACGAUUUCCCUCGUGCCGCUCGCAGUUAGUAAGUUUUAUGACCGUUUGAGCCGGUCUCCCUCCUUUCUCCCCGCCAUUCACAGCACGUCACAACAAAUGCUUACAUUUACAUUAGUGGCGAGCGGCAAAACGCACCAAAUCAGUGGGUGAAAAAGGUAACAAAUCACGGACCCCGUUAAUAGCCGAGGUGCGGCGACGUUCGCCGGUCGUGCAGGUAAACCGAAAGCAGGUGCGCAGCAUAAAUAAUCCAUUCUCGGCAAGUCGGGGCGUGGCACGCGGCAGGAUGGAAGUUUACAACCGCCGGCGGUUCGGGGCCGCUUCCGCCGCGCCGGCAGUGUGCGAACCAGUGGAGGAAGACCCGACGGCUCGGGAUGGGCGCGGGGCGGCACCGGCAGCAACGGACAACGGAUGGAGCGGAGCGCAGAGCAGAAUCAACGGCAGUGCUGGUGAGGAGAUGGAGGACGAACAGGCACCCGAACAUGGCACACGCAGUACGAAGCCUUCCGCACCCGAGCCGGCCUGCACAGACAGUGCGGCGAGCCGGUGGAAAAUUCGCGGAAGGACCAUCUACCAUCCCCGGUCCCACCUGCACCUGUUGCUAGUCGCUGCCGUGCUGCUGACACACAUGCUUGUAAAUAUUAGAAUAGGUGAAGCAGCUAGUCAGAUACUCAACAAAGCGGAACCACUAUUCAUCUCCAGAUCGGAAGCAUUCAAGUUCGCUGUCGGCGAUACGAUUACACUGCCCUGCGAAGUAGCCUCUCCAGGUACGUACGUGCUGGCCUGGAAGCGAGGCAUCGCGAUCCUGACCGCCGGUUCGGUCAAAGUCACUCCCGAUCCGCGCGUGCGGCUGGUGAACGGCUACUCGCUGCAGAUACGUGACGCGGUGCCGCAGGAUGCAGGCGACUACAUCUGCCAGAUAGCGAUGCUGGAUCCACGGGAAAUUACGCACAGUGUGGAAAUUCUCGUUCCACCGAAAAUUACGCACGUCACAUCCGGGGGACAUCUGCAGGUCCGGAAGGGUUCCCCGGUACGGCUCGAGUGCUCCGCCACCGGCAACCCGAUGCCCAACAUCACCUGGACCCGGAAAAACAAUCUGUUGCCGAACGGCGAGGAACAGUUCACCAAUCCCGUGUACGUCAUCGAAAACAUGGACCGGCACAAGGGCGGAACGUACAUCUGCACCGCAAACAAUGGCGUCGGGCAGGUGGCAACUAGCCAAAUUAUUCUGCAUGUACUUUAUCCACCCGAGAUAAGCGUCGAGAAUCCGACCGUAUACUCGGGCGAGGGCCAGGAAGCGAUGCUCGUGUGUAUCGUGCACGGUGAAUCUCAACCGGAAAAGGUACUGUGGCACAAGGACACGAUGCAGAUCGAUCAAACCGAGCGGCACGUGAUCGAGAACCGGGGCGCCCGCCACACGCUCAUCAUCCGGAAGGUGCACCCGCAGGACUUUGGCAACUACUCCUGCAUCGCGGACAACCAGCUGGGCAAGACGCGCAAAACGGUGACGCUGACGGGCAAACCGAAGACGGCCGUCUUCCGCUCCGUACCGAACAGCCAGUGGAAGGACAAGUACAACAUCUCCUGGAUCGUCGACUCGCACUCGCCGAUCGAGGAGUUCAAGCUGUACUACCGGCAGGUGGACGGGGAUACGCUGCAAGCGCACGACGGCAUCUUUCUGGACAACCGGAAACUGCACCACAGCUAUGCGGGUGAUAAUAUGCUAGACUACAACCGGAAAAUCAACUCGUACGAUAGCUACUCGUACAACAAUGGCUACCACAAUCUGCACCACAAGUGGUCCAAGACGGACUGGCGGGACAUUGUGCUGCCGGCCUUUCCCUACUCGCACCACUACACGCAGGGCAUGAGCUACCUGAUACGGGGCCUCGAGCCGGACCAGCAGUACGAGGCACGGGUACAAUCCAGGAACCGGUACGGUUGGAGCGACUUUUCCGAGAGCUUUCUGUUCACCACGUCAAACACAGACACCGAAAUACGUGAUCUGAGUGUCACCCACUACAGCUCCUCCAGAGCGUCCGUCAUCUUUGCGAGUGAAAUACGAUGCCUGCUGGGCGCGCUGGCGCUCGUUGCCGUGUGCCGUUUGGUAAGCUUUUGAAGUUGACCCUCCUUCUCCUAAUUGACGUAUCACCGGCGCACGCAACAUCACGGCGAAAGGUGCCCCGCUGGGAUGGUGAGAAGGGUUGAUUUGUGAUUGCGUAGCCAAUUCAGUUAUCGUCAACACUUCAAGCACGAAUUAGGUUCCCUUUUUUCGGUACAGUUGCUAGAGAACAUCCCCUGAACGAUGAGCUCCGUUUUUUGGAGAAUCAUUAUGAAUUUAUACGUUCGAUCGAGCGCAGCGAGCUCAUUCACCGCCUCCUUUUGUCAGCAGAGAAGAGAAAAGUUUGGUAGAAGGAAGGUAGGUUUUUUUUUUUGUGUAGCAAAAACCAUACCAUACGUUACCUUACGCCCGGCAACAAGCAACAUUAUAUAGCAGAAUAGGCUCAAUGAAAAAAAAAAAAAUAGAAGAGGUAUGAACGCAAAGAACAACAAACCCCCGGACUCCCAGCACGAAAACGCCGAAAGCGGGCUGAAAUUGAUUAAGCUGGAAGGACUAUAUUUUUGGAUGAAAUUUAAUUUACCCUGAUAAAAUAAACAACCACUCAAAUUAAACCUCCGGCCACGCCACCGGGCAAAGAAGGCAAUUUUAACGAUUACGCGAUGACGACGAUGAUGGCAAUGAUGAUCAUGGUGACGAUCGUGGUCAGGACCUUUUGCACACCGCGAGCACUGAGUGCACACAGGUGGCCAUAAUUUAUUACGAUUCGCCUGCCCCUGCGGGAACGGGCAAGAGGACGCGCAAAAAAAGAAUAAGUAGGUUAAAGAAAAAAAACACACACACACACACACCCACACACUUCUCCGCACGGCUAUCGAAUGAAAAAUUCAACAAAAAGCACUCCAAAAAAUAG